ACGACAGGAAGGAAAAUGGCAGAAGUAGCUCCAGCUCCGGCUCCCGCUCCGGCCAAAGCCGCCAAGAAGAAGGCGUCCAAACCGAAGAAAGCCGGUCCCACCGUCAGCGAGCUGAUCGUUAAAUCUGUGGCCGCUUCCAAGGAGCGGAGCGGCGUCUCUGCAGCCGCCCUCAAGAAGGCUCUGGCUGCCGGCGGCUACGACGUGGACAAGAACAAGGCCCGCGUCAAGACCGCCAUCAAGAGCCUGGUGACCAAGGGGACCCUGGUUCAGAUCAAGGGAACCGGGGCCUCCGGAUCCUUCAAGAUCAACAAGAAGGCUGAAAGCAAGGUCAAGAAACCCGUCAAGAAAGUUGCCACUAAAGCCAAGAAGCCCGCAGCAGCCGCUAAAAAGUCUCCCAAGAAAGCCAAGAAGCCCGCAGCAGCUGCUAAGAAAUCUCCCAAGAAAGUCAAGAAACCAGCAGCAGUAAAGAAAGCAGCCAAGAGCCCCAAGAAGGCCACAAAGAGUCCUAAGAAGGCUGCCAAGAGCCCCAAGAAGGUGGUCAAGAAGGCCCCUGCAGCCAAGAAAGCCCCGGCUAAGAAGGUAGCCAAGCCUAAAGUCAAGAAGGCAGCACCCAAGAAGAAGUGAGCUCCUGAAACAUCACAGCUCCUCAAAGGCUCUUUUCAGAGCCACCCACAACAAUCUUAAGAGAAAUCAUUCCUCACAUCAACAAUAUCACUUCUAUAUUUAUUUAAAGGAAAGUGUAGAAUCAACUUUGUUUCUAAUCGACCUUAAUGCAAUUCAUUGUAUCCUGUAAGGAUAUUAUUUUAAUGUCAAAAAUAACCGCUAAAACUGAAAGGAAAAGUUUCAGUUGGUUAUAGGAUUAUAACUAGCGGAGAAUGCAAGUGAUGCAUUUUUAAAUUACGUUAAACAACAAAUAGUAGAGUUAGAUGGGAUUUGUUAGGGAUUUUCUACUUUAUGUAUUUAUGAAAGUGAUGUUAAAUACAUGAUCAUAAGGAAUUCAUAUUACAUUUGUUUUUUAAGAGCUACCAUAUCCUUGAAUAGUUGAAUAUUUUUAUAAAAUGUUUUCAUGAAUCACAUGAAUAUUUUUUUAUAAAAUGUUUAUUAUAUAUUAUAUUAUGUUUGUAUAUAAUUCUCUAUUAUAUUAAAACAAAAGCUACAAAUUGUACAAGUGAUGAACCUGAAGUUACCUCCAUAACACAACUGUAGGGGUGUAA